AUGAUUUUUGUAGUGGAUGAAAGCGUUUUAGGGAAGUUUGGAAAACUGGUUCGGGUGAAGGAUGAUUUGGAGUUAGAUGUCAAGGUUUCUGGAAAACGAUUGAUUUGUUUGGGUUCAUUGUUUGGUACAUCUAGAAUCAAGAUUGAUCAUCAUCGGCCGAAUGCUCAACAACAAGAGAUGAUCAGGAUGCGAAGUUUGAUUAGGAAAGCUAUGUUACCUGAUGAUUCGAUUCAUGGGAUCUUGAAGAAAAGGUCUCAAGAGAUUAUCCAUAGUUUAGGUGGUCAUCAUCAGUAUUGGUCGGUUCAUAUUAGAUUAGGUGAUAGUGUUUUUAGAUCUGAAAGUCAUUUGAGGGCCAUGAACGCUUUGGAAGGAUUAGUGACCGGUCCGAUGAACCUUAGUAUCUCUUUAUUGAACCAAGCUAUUGCAAAUGAUCAGAACCGAAUCCGAACCACCAAUCCAAGAGUUUCGAAACGGAAAUGUAGAAACAAAUUACACAAAUCAGGAUUAGGAUUAGAAAAAUUUAAUCAAAUCUUAUAUAUUGCAACCGAUUCGGUUAAUCCGUUUAGUGAAUCAUCUCUAAGACCAUUCUUUAAAGCUUUUCCAUGUGUUUCGAUCUUGAAUGAUUUCGGAUUAGGUUCAGAAUUGAAUGGAUUGAUGAAUUCGGUCGAUAAGGUUUCCUUGGGUGGUUUGUUUGCUCCUUUACUUGAUGCAAUGGUUUCGGGACAUUCGAAAGGUGUGGUAGGUACUCAAGGGUCUACUUUUAGUAGGUUUGUAGUCGAUUUGUUGUUUCCGAUGUAUCAUGAUUUACCUAUUAUUGAAAGAGUUUUUGUAUCUUUACAAUUUGUAGUUUGA